AUGAAGUAUUUGCUGCUGGUUACCGUAAUUGUAAUGGCUUUUGUACCUCUUUCCCAGUCAGUGUCCGAUCGACAAUGUGGAAAUGACACGAAUUUUAUCUGGCUGGAUAUAGUUCUAGUGAUCGAUAACUCUCCUACUAUGAUCAGUGACAAUGUUUAUGAAUCAAUUUCUUCUAUUUUUGGACCAAAUUCUCAAAUUGGAACCGGAUACACAGACCCAAGAAGUUCGAGAGUUGCCAUCGUAACAUAUAACAACUAUGCGACUACGGUGGCUGACUUUCGGACAAUUAAGUCACUCAAACAACUCAAAACUCAACUGACUGCUCUGGAUCAGGCUGGAAAUUCUGGAAAUCAAUCAUAUCUUGAUCAAGGCCUAAUCAGUGCCCAAUCCAUCCUAACUAAAUUCGACGAUCGCGAGAAUUACAAGAAAGUUGUCCUCAUUUUCACAUCGUCUUUUGACUUCAUUGAUUCUCGUCCAGAUCGUCUAGCUGAAACAAUGAAGUCCAAUGGGGUUACUGUGAUUACUGUAAACACAGGAAAAGACAAAACCGUUGAGAAACAGUUAGAAGGUGUAGCUUCAGCUGGAUUUGCUUUCAAAAUGUCAACUAAUACUACGGAAACACUUCAGAAUGCGUUAACGACAAGUAUGUCAAUUGUCCAACUAUUUAGUAUAAUUUCUUCAGAUAAUUGCCAUUGUCUCGACUAUUGGACCUGGACGCAAUACAAACAUUUCGGUGUUUGUAUGCUGAAUCCUGGAGUCAAAGGAACACAUCAAGCAGCACACAAAUAUUGUAGAGGACUUGGUAUUCCCGGUAACCUGGCCACUGAGUUUAACGAAGAAAAACGGAAAUUCAAUUACAAAUUCCUUAACAACAACAUUGACGGUACUACAGUAUCCUCAUAUUACAAUGGGUUGACUAGCGAAAAUGGAACUUGGUACUGGGAUCAGCCAAAGGGAAAACCAAUGAUUCCGUUGGAUCCGUCAUCUGGCUCAAUAAGCACUACAUCGGGAUGUGUUGCUGAUAUCAAGUAUUCUGAUGGAUCUAUCUCUUGGACGCCAAUCAGCUGCUCUAAUUCUUUCAAUUUUUUAUGUGAAGCUGUUGCAUGCGAUACUGAUAAUUAUUGUGAUUCUUCCUGA